AUGAACCCCAUGUCCCAGCUUUAUUAUAAGAAGGCGAGCUACUCGCCGUACAGGGACCGGAUCCCCCUGCAGAUCGUCCGGGCUGAGGUGGAGCUCUCUCCGGAGGAGCGGGCCUUUCUCUCGGCCGUGGAGAAGGGCGACUACGCCGGGGUGCAGCACGCCCUCCGUGAGGCCCAGGUCUACUACAACAUCGACGUGAACUGUGUGGACCCGCUGGGGCGCAGUGCCCUUCUCAUCGCCAUUGAGAAUGAGAACCUGGAGGUGAUGGAGCUCCUGCUGGACCACGGAGUCAACACGGGAGAUGCGCUCCUCUACGCCAUCCGCAAAGAGGUGGUGGGAGCAGUGGAACUGUUGCUCACACAUCGGAGACCUAGUGGAGAGAAACAGGUGCCCUCUCUGAUGAUGGAUGCUCAGUUUUCUGAAUUCACCCCUGAUAUAACUCCCAUCAUGCUCGCUGCCCACACCAAUAAUUACGAAAUCAUCAAACUCCUGGUUCAGCGCAAGGUCACCAUCCCUCGGCCACACCAGAUCCGGUGCGACUGUGUGGAGUGUGUUUCCAGCUCCGAGGUGGACAGCCUGCGUCAUUCCCGUUCCCGUCUCAACAUUUACAAAGCAUUGGCCAGUCCGUCGCUCAUCGCCCUGUCCAGCGAAGAUCCCAUCCUCACAGCCUUCCGCCUGGGCUGGGAACUGAAGGAACUCAGCAAGGUGGAGAACGAAUUCAGGCAGGAAUACGAGGAGCUGUCUCAGCAGUGCAAACGCUUUGCCAAAGACCUGCUGGACCAGGCACGGAGCUCCCGUGAACUGGAGACCAUCCUGAACCACCGUGACGACCAGAGCGAAGAGCUAGAUCCUCGAGAAUGCCGAGACUUGGCCAAACUCAAACUGGCCAUCAAGUACCACCAGAAAGAGUUUGUAGCUCAACCUAACUGUCAGCAACUCUUGGCCACACUGUGGUAUGAUGGCUUCCCUGGCUGGCGCAGACGACACUGGGCAGUGAAGCUGGUCACUUGCUUCAUCAUCGGACUAUUAUUCCCAGCAUUCUCACUGGCUUACCUGCUAGCCCCUAAAAGUUCCCUUGGCCUUUUCAUAAAGAAGCCCUUUAUCAAGUUCAUCUGCCACACAGCCUCCUACCUCACCUUCCUCUUUCUCCUCCUCCUCGCAUCCCAACAUAUUGCGCGCACCAACCUGCACAUGCAGGGACCUCCACCCACAGUGGUGGAGUGGAUGAUACUGCCCUGGGUGUUGGGGUUUAUCUGGGCGGAGAUUAAGGAGAUGUGGGAUGGUGGUUUCACUGAGUAUGUGCACGACUGGUGGAACCUUAUGGACUUUGCCAUGAACUCCCUGUAUCUGGCCACCAUCUCACUCAAGAUUGUCGCUUAUGUCAAGUACAACAGCUCUCGUCCCCGCGAGGAGUGGGAAAUGUGGCACCCGACGCUAAUCGCCGAAGCUUUGUUCGCCAUUGCGAACAUCUUCAGUUCGCUACGUCUCAUCUCUCUCUUUACGGCAAACUCCCACCUCGGCCCGCUGCAGAUUUCUCUGGGUCGUAUGCUCCUGGACAUCCUCAAGUUUCUUUUCAUCUACUGCCUGGUUCUGCUAGCAUUCGCCAACGGCCUCAACCAGCUCUACUUCUAUUACGAGACGCAAGCCUCCGAAGAACCCAAUAACUGCAAGGGGAUCCGAUGUGAGAGGCAAAACAACGCUUUCUCCACGUUGUUUGAAACACUGCAGUCUCUAUUCUGGUCGAUAUUCGGCCUAUUGAAUUUAUAUGUAACAAAUGUGAAAGCGCGUCACGAAUUCACAGAGUUUGUCGGGGCCACCAUGUUUGGCACCUACAACGUCAUCUCGCUUGUCGUCCUGCUCAACAUGCUCAUUGCUAUGAUGAACAACUCGUACCAGCUCAUCGCUGACCAUGCCGACAUUGAGUGGAAGUUUGCCAGGACCAAGCUGUGGAUGAGUUACUUUGAUGAGGGUGGAACCCUGCCCCCUCCCUUCAACAUCAUCCCCAGUCCAAAGUCCAUUUGGUAUCUGUGUCUGUGGAUGCACAGCCGUCUGUGCAGGAAGGGCCCUGUACCUCCAGAGGAGGAGAACAAACAUGAGAACCUGAAAGAGUUUACUGAGCGGCAUGCAGAUAGGCUGAUUCAAAAUCAGCACUAUCAGGAGGUGAUUCGUAACCUGGUGAAGAGGUAUGUGGCAGCCAUGAUCCGCAGUGCUAAGUCAGAUGAGGGGCUGACAGAGGAGAACUUUAAGGAGCUGAAGCAGGACAUAUCGAGUUUCCGUUACGAGGUUCUGGACCUGCUGGGGAACCGGAAGCUUCCGAGGCGGAACUACUCCUCUAGCAGUGAGGCUACUCUCCGAGAUGAGGCCAGCGAUGAUGGUGAGGCAGGUAGUAACCGUUUCCACGGAGACAGCGACAGGGGCAGGUCUAAGGGAGUGUCCUUCAAGGCAGCUGCCUCUGAGAAGUGCAACUGGGAGUCGCCGUUUGGAGUGUCUGCCCUGUUCCGCUCCAUCUCAGGAAUGGAGGUUAACACAACAGUGACAUCAGUGAACAAAGGUGAGGAGAUACCAAAGAGCAACGGGGUGAGGAAGGCUCCCUCCUCCUCUGCCUCCUCGUCUUCGGUGGCUGGCCCCUCAUAUGCACGUACGCGGACCCGCUUCCCGCGCUUCACCAGUUCCAAAAAGGACUCUUUCAGGCGGCUUGGCCUUCUGUUCUCUCGCAUGGGCAGCCACCUGCCUCAGCCAGCCGGCGUCACCGCGGCAACUUACACCAUAUCAGAUGGACUGCUGCACCCUCCGGGUGCCUGGGACGACCUGGGCAUCUCUAGGGGUGAGGGCCCAGUCACCCGCAGUGAGACAAACCUCAAUCAGGUAGGCGUGGCCACUACCAGUGACAGCCGGGGCAGUGUCACAGCAACCAGCAACCAGAGGGCCAAUGGGAGGGACACACUGCUGACUCUGGGACCCAUUUCCCCACACUCUUCCCUGCACUGUGCUUCCAGUUUCUCUGCCUCCAGCUCCCGACUCCUGGACUCUAACGAAGAUGUGUUCCAUGGAUGGGCGGGACCCUGUGAUAGACAAAUGUUAGACUCCGCCCACUGGGGCGUGGAGCAGGAGGACUCAGUAACCACACAGUUAUAA